UUUUUACCGUACAACAUUCCACUUCACAAAACCAUUUUUAAUCUUUCUCUGUGUAAGACGAACUAAAAAGUCGCGUAGAGAUAAAAAAAACACACACAGAAAUGGCAAAUCUGCCACAAUCACUCUCCUUAAACGCAGCAGCUUACGGUCCAUUACACUUACAAUUACAAUUACAACAAGAAAGAGGUCUUUCUUCUUCUUCUUCGACGAAUUCUCAAUCAAACCCUAACAACGUCGUCGAUCGGAAAAUGCAGUCAGCUGAGCUUCUUGUACUUGAUCUUAGCAACCCUGAUCGUCGUGAAAACGCUCUUCUCGAACUUUCCAAGGGAGUUGUUUCAGGAUUUGGCGCCGUUGUUGUGGAAUUCGUUUGGAACUAUUGCUGCACUUUUGCAGGAGAUUGUGUCAAUAUACUCUGUGCUGUCACCACCUACACUAAGUCCGGGACAGUCAAACCGUGUUUGCAAUGCUCUUGCUCUUUUACAGUUAUCAUUUUCUUUUCAGUGUGUUACAUGUGUGUAGCAUCUCACCCUGAUACUCGAAUGCUAUUCUUAAACGCCCAUAUUCCAUUAUAUCUGUAUCCUUUCCUCAAUACAACAAGCAAAUCCAGGCCUUUUGAGUACUUGCGGCUAACUAGCUUGGGUGUCAUUGGUGCUCUAGUAAAGGUUGAUGAUACGGAAGUCAUUAGUUUCCUUCUUUCAACAGAAAUAAUCCCACUGUGUCUGCGUACCAUGGAAAUGGGCAGUGAAUUGUCAAAAACAGUAGCGACGUUCAUAGUCCAAAAAAUUCUUCUAGAUGAUGUGGGCUUGGAUUACAUAUGUACGACAGCGGAGCGCUUCUUCGCAGUUGGAAGAGUUUUAGCCAACAUGGUUGCUGCAUUGGCCGAGCAGCCUUCUUCACGGCUGCUGAAACAUAUUAUUAGAUGCUAUCUUCGACUUUCAGAUAAUCCAAGAGCUUGUGAUGCUUUGAGAAGCUGCCUGCCAGAUAUGUUGAAGGAUGCCACCUUUGCUAGCUGCCUUCGUGAAGAUCCAACAACAAGAAAGUGGCUUCAACAGUUGCUUCACAAUGUUGGAGGACAGCGAGUUACAUUUCAACCUGGAACUGGAUUUGAACAUAUGCUGGUGAACUAGAUCAUACAAGUAUUUAUAAACUCUGCUACACCAAGUGAUAGCUUCUGACCUCCUUCCAUAUUCCAUGGAAUUAAAUUAUUCACUAGAAGCUGCCUUGUGAAUCUAAUAAGAGUACAAAAGAAAACAAGGAAAAGACGAUAAAAAGUCGGGAAGGGAAUUUUUAUUGUUCUCCCUCCAACAAAAACUAGGAGCUGGGGGCAGGUUCCGACUUCCGACUUCCAAGGUUAGCUGUUUUCUGUACUUGGUAGUUAUCCUAGGCAAGCCUUGUUAGCUUCUCCUCCAUUUGAUUGAUUUUAUUUAUCUAGGGGAGCAACAUGUAACGUGGAUUAUGUUUACCUAUUAGCUUUUUGUGUAUAAAUAGAAAUGCAAUUAAGCUUACAGUCGAUUGCUGUAUUGAUUGGGUUAAAUCAAACAAGUACUCCUUUCUUUUAUUUAACUAUCAGUAGAAACUACUGCUCUUUCAA